GAUUUGUUAAAAAAUUACAGAAUGCAACAGAAGAUGAUGAAUGUAUCUAUGAACUGGAUACAGAUGAAACAGAUGCAAGAACAAGACAGUUCUAUCCUGCAGUUUGGCAGAUGCCAAGUACCAGUAGUGGGUCAAAUUUUCUCAUCAACAGAAAUGAUCACAUUGUCCUGAAAGGAUUUUUGAACAAAAAAAGUGAAAGGGGAAACAAAUGGGAAAAUAUGCACUUUGUACUGAAUGGGACCAAGCAGCAGCUGUACUUUUUCGAAAAUGAUAAGCGCUCCAAACCAAAAGGUCUGAUAGACCUACAUUCCAGCUCCCUCUACCCAGUUCGUGACAGUUUAUUUGGAAGGCCCAGCUGUUUUCAGCUGGUGGUUAGAGCCUUAAACGAGUUUUUAGUCCAUUAUUUGUGUGCUGAAAAUGCUGAUGCUGCACGGGAAUGGGUGCAGGCUCUGAAACUGUACUGUAUCAACACCACUCCUGCGAAAAGUUCCUUAAGACAUCUGUUAAGUUUGAACAUUCACGUAUUCGAUGCCCAUCAUCUUCCCGUAAAAAGCGUGCCUUAUCCCUACUGCACAAUUUCAAUAAAUGAGGUGAAAGUUUGCCGCACAGAGGCAAAAGAGGCACCAAAUCCAGUUUGGGAAGAUGACUUUGUUUUGGACAGUUUCACAAGCUUAUUUGUACCACCUGCGAGAGUGCUGGGGUUAAAUGUGGCUUUACCUGGUACUAGUUUCUAA